UUCUCCUCUGCUACUCCAAGGAAGCCAUCAACAAUGAAACUCCACGCAACAGACAUCCUGGUCAUUUUCUGGCUCGGCCUCUUUACUGUGAGCACCGUGAGAGGAAGUGUUGCAAGUCAAAUCGCGCCCAGAAGCGCCUGUGUAGACCUGUCCACGCAGCAGCUGGACAUCAGACGACUUGCUAAAUAUGAGACACAGCACAUACCAGUAAAAGCUGUGAUGUUCAUCACCAAACGAGGCAUCAAGAUCUGCGUGCAGCCUGAUCUCAAAUGGGUGCAGGAUGCCAUAAAAUUCCUGGAUAAAGGACCUGUCCGCAGAAGACCCAACAACAAGCCCGUGUCCAAACCCAAGCCCAAGCCCAAAGGCAAUUAACUAAAUGGAUGCACCAGCCCAAUCCUCAGCAACUGCUUGUACUUCUUCUAGGUGUUAAUUGGAAAUAAAAUCUCUGAACUAACAUGGGCCCAUCGGAAUCCAUUCAUCAUUAGGGCAGAGCUGACUGAGAAUCAU